AGAGGCCGCACGGGCUUCGAGAGCAUCCAUCGAGGAUCCUCUCGGACGAGAUCGAUCUCUCCUCUUCUCCUCUGUUUUCUUAUUGACCAGAUCGUCUCGUUUUGUUCGCGACAGAACGAUUUAUCGCGGAAAUUCAAGCGAAUCGAAUCGAAAAAAAAGUCGAAUCCGAGCCACGAACGCCGCUUGAGAAGCGUCGAUCGAACGCGACCAAGUUCACGCGUCGCUGGCCGUCAAUUUCGUUCGAUGGAUUCACGUCGAAUUAUGCUCGCACGAGUGACUCCUGGGUCGACGAACCAAUCGACCCGGGUCCUCCUCCUAUGCCACGAUUUUCGAAUAUUUCCUUGUCUUUAUAGCUUAGAGAACGAUUACUCUUAAUAUCAACCCUUUGAACUCCACGUAAUUAGGCUAUACGUUAACUCCUUAGACUCUUUCUUAGAUUUCAUAGAUGUUAAAAUUUGAAGUCUGCCUUGAAGAGCUCUUUAUAAUGUUGAUGUACAUAUGUUACUCUUCCUGAAACGCUAUUAAAGGACAUUUUUACGAAGAUCGAACGAAUUUUUUCAGGCGGAGUGCCGACAACCACGACUUAAGAGAUGGUCAUCGUCACGCGGGGGGAUUACAUAUGGAUCGAACCAAUCUCAGGGAGAGAAUUUGACGUCGCAAUAGGAGCACGAGUGGUUUCCGCGGAAGGCAGGCGCAUUCAAGUGAAAGACGACGAUAACAAGGAACAAUGGCUGACACCGGAAAGACGAAUAAAGGCGAUGCAUGCCACUUCUGUGCAAGGUGUAGAGGAUAUGAUCAGCUUAGGAGACCUCCAUGAAGCUGGCAUUCUGCGGAAUUUGCUGAUUCGCUAUAACGAGAAUCUCAUAUACACCUACACAGGCUCCAUUCUGGUCGCCGUGAACCCGUAUCAAAUACUGCCCAUAUACACCGCAGAGCAAAUUAAACUGUACAAGGAUCGUAAAAUCGGAGAGCUUCCGCCACACAUAUUCGCUAUUGGCGACAACAGUUACGCGCACAUGAACCGAUACGGCCAAGACCAAUGCAUAGUGAUCAGCGGCGAAAGCGGAGCCGGCAAAACGGAAAGUACGAAAUUAAUUUUGCAAUAUUUGGCAGCGAUCAGCGGCAAACAUUCUUGGAUCGAACAGCAAAUUUUGGAAGCGAAUCCGAUUCUGGAAGCAUUCGGCAAUGCGAAGACGGUACGAAACGACAAUUCGUCCCGCUUUGGGAAGUACAUCGACAUUCACUUCAACGAGCAGGGCGUGAUCGAGGGAGCAAAGAUAGAGCAAUAUCUGUUGGAAAAGUCGCGAAUAGUGUCGCAGAGUUUGGACGAGAGAAACUAUCACGUGUUCUACUGCAUGCUGGCUGGCCUAUCGAAGGAGGAAAAGCAGAAGCUGGAGCUGGAGGACGCGUCGUCCUACAAGUAUCUUACAGGAGGUGGCAGCAUCACGUGCGAAGGUCGAGACGAUGCCGCAGAAUUUGCAGACAUUAGAUCAGCCAUGAAAGUUCUACUUUUCACCGAUGCUGAGAUAUGGGAAGUCCUCAAACUGCUCGCCGCUCUGUUGCACACGGGGAACGUUAAAUACAGAGCCACGGUUGUAGACAAUUUGGACGCUACGGAGAUACCAGAGCAGACGAACGUGCGGAGAGUGGCGCAUCUGUUAGGCGUACCUGUUCAGUCUCUAAUAGACGCUCUCACCCGCAGAACGAUAUUUGCUCACGGUGAGACGGUUGUUUCCACGCUAUCCAGGGAGCAGUCAGUUGACAUCCGAGACGCCUUCGUGAAGGGGAUAUACGGACGAUUGUUCGUGCACAUCGUGAAAAAAAUUAACGAGGCCAUCUACAGACCCAAGAACACCUCUCGAAGCGCCAUAGGUGUCCUGGAUAUAUUCGGCUUCGAGAAUUUCAAUCACAACAGCUUCGAGCAGUUCUGCAUCAAUUACGCGAACGAGAACCUUCAGCAGUUCUUCGUGCAGCACAUCUUCAAGUUGGAACAAGAAGAGUACAAUCACGAGGGGAUCAACUGGCAGCAUAUAGAGUUCGUUGACAAUCAAGACGCGUUGGAUUUGAUAGCCAUCAAGCAGCUGAACAUCAUGGCGCUGAUCGAUGAGGAGUCCAAGUUCCCAAAAGGAACGGACCAAACGAUGCUGGCGAAGAUACACAAAACACACGGAAGCCAUCGAAAUUACCUGAAACCAAAGUCGGACAUCAAUACGUCGUUCGGUUUGAAUCACUUCGCUGGAGUUGUCUUCUACGAUACCAGAAGCUUCCUGGAGAAGAACAGGGAUACGUUCAGUGCCGACUUGCUCCAGCUUAUUCACAUAUCGUCGAACAAGUUUUUGCAGACCUGUUUCGCCGAGGACAUAGGCAUGGGUUCAGAGACGAGGAAACGGGCGCCCACUCUGUCCACCCAGUUCAAAAAGUCUCUGGACUGUCUUAUGAGAACGUUGUGCAGCUGUCAGCCUUUCUUCAUCAGAUGCAUCAAGCCUAACGAAUAUAAAAAGCCGAUGAUGUUCGACAGGGGUCUCUGUUGCCGACAAUUAAGAUACUCUGGUAUGAUGGAGACGAUUCGAAUUCGUAGAGCUGGUUACCCGAUCAGACAUUCGUUCCCAGAGUUCGUCGAACGGUAUCGAUUUCUUAUCUUUGGCAUACCCCCGUCUCAUAAGGUCGACUGCCGUGCAGCCACCUCCAAAAUUUGCCACAUAGUUCUAGGAAGGUCUGACUACCAGCUUGGCCAUACGAAAGUCUUCCUCAAAGACGCUCACGACCUGUUCCUCGAGCAGGAACGCGACCGCGUGCUCACUCGGAAGAUUCUCAUAUUGCAACGCAACAUCCGCGGUUGGGUCUAUAGAAGAAGAUUCCUCCGCAUGAGAGCCGCUGCAACGAUCAUUCAAAAAUAUUGGAGAGGUUACGCGCAACGUCAACGAUACAAACGCAUGCGUAUCGGUUACAUGAGGCUUCAGGCGCUCAUCAGAUCACGAGUCCUGUCACACAGAUUUCGACAUCUACGAGGGCACAUAGUCGCCCUACAGGCACGUGCCAGAGGCCACUUAGUGCGCAAAAUGUAUCAGAAGAAGCUGUGGGCCAUCGUGAAGAUACAGGCUCACGUUCGUAGAUUGAUCGCCCAGAGACGGUACAAGAAGAUCAAGUAUGAGUAUCGUCUUCACGUCGAAGCUUUGAGACUUCGGAAGAAGGAGGAGCGGGAACUCAAGGACCAAGGGAACAAGAGGGCGAAAGAGAUCGCCGAGCAGAACUACAGAGAACGGAUGCAGGAACUGGAAAGGAAAGAAAUCGAGAUGGAGCUCGAGGAUCGGCGUAGAAUGGAAAUCAAGAAGAACUUGAUCAACGACGCGGCGAAGAAGCAGGACGAGCCUGUAGAUGAUAGCAAACUGGUGGAAGCAAUGUUCGACUUUUUGCCUGACUCCAGCAGCGAGGCUCCCACUCCCGCGAGGGAAACUUCCGUUUUCAAUGACCUGCCUGCCCCAAAGGCAGACCAGCAAGAGAUCAUCAGUCCUGUUCAAACCGCCUCGGAGGACGAGGAGGACUUGUCCGAGUUCAAGUUCCAGAAAUUCGCUGCGACCUAUUUCCAGGGGAACAUCACGCAUCAAUAUUCCAGGAAACCGUUAAAGCACCCUCUGCUACCUUUGCACACGCAAGGAGACCAGCUGGCCGCGCAGGCUCUGUGGAUCACUAUACUUCGUUUCACUGGCGACCUACCCGAGCCUAGGUUCCACACGAUGGAUAGAGACACAACGUCGGUGAUGUCGAAAGUAACGGCUACCCUGGGUCGUAAUUUCAUACGGAGCAAAGAGUUCCAGGAGGCCCAGAUGAUGGGCGUGGAUCCAGAGGCGUUCCUCAGACAAAAACCGCGAUCGAUCAGGCACAAGUUGGUCUCGUUGACCUUGAAGCGAAAGAACAAAUUAGGAGAGGACGUUAGGCGGAAGUUGCAGGAGGACGAAUACACAGCGGACAGCUAUCAGUCGUGGCUGGAAGCCAGACCCACGUCGAAUCUUGAGAAACUCCACUUCAUCAUCGGGCACGGAAUACUCCGCGCGGAACUCAGGGACGAGAUUUACUGUCAGAUCUGUAAACAACUGACGAACAAUCCAUCCAAAUCAUCGCACGCUCGUGGAUGGAUUUUGUUAUCGCUUUGCGUGGGUUGCUUCGCUCCUUCUGAGAAGUUUGUCAACUAUUUACGCGCAUUUAUCAGAGAGGGACCUCCAGGAUACGCGCCAUACUGUGAGGAUCGAUUGAAAAGAACGUUCAACAACGGGACACGUAACCAACCCCCCAGCUGGCUAGAGCUUCAAGCUACCAAGUCGAAGAAACCGAUCAUGUUACCCAUCACGUUCAUGGACGGGAACACGAAGACCCUCCUGGCUGAUUCAGCGACUACUGCUAGGGAACUGUGCAAUCAACUGUCUGAUAAAAUAUCUCUUCGCGAUCAAUUCGGUUUCUCCCUUUACAUAGCGUUGUUCGACAAAGUCUCGUCCUUGGGCAGCGGUGGAGACCAUGUAAUGGACGCCAUUUCUCAAUGCGAGCAGUAUGCUAAAGAACAAGGUGCUCAGGAACGAAACGCUCCGUGGAGAUUGUUCUUCAGGAAGGAGAUAUUCGCGCCAUGGCAUGAACCGACAGAAGAUCAAGUCGCCACAAACUUAAUAUAUCAGCAGGUCGUCAGGGGCGUGAAAUUCGGCGAGUACCGCUGCGACAAGGAGGAAGACUUGGCGAUGAUCGCUGCGCAACAAUAUUACAUAGAGUACCACACGGACAUGAAUGUCGACAGAUUGUACACCCUCUUACCCAAUUACAUUCCUGAUUACUGCCUGACUGGCAUCGACAAAGCGAUAGACAGAUGGGGUCAUCUGGUUCUACAAGCAUAUAAAAAGAGUUACUAUCUGAAGGAGAAGGUACCUGCCCUGCGCGUCAAGGAAGACAUAGUGGGCUAUGCCAAGUUUAAGUGGCCUUUGCUAUUUUCUCGUUUCUACGAAGCGUACAGGAACUCUGGCCCGAACUUACCGAAGAACGACGUUAUUAUAGCUGUGAACUGGACCGGAGUGUACGUCGUGGACGAUCAAGAACAAGUGCUUCUGGAAUUGUCCUUUCCCGAAAUCACCACCGUAUCUAGUCAGAAAACGAACAAAAUAUUCACGCAGACGUUCAAUUUAUCGACGGUGCGAGGAGAAGAGUUCACAUUCCAAAGCCCUAACGCCGAAGACAUCCGCGACCUGGUGGUAUACUUUUUGGAGGGUCUGAAGAAGCGUAGCAAAUACGUGAUCGCUUUGCAAGAUUAUAAAGCGCCAGGGGAAGGUUCGUCGUUUCUCUGCUUUCAGAAAGGCGAUCUCAUUACGUUGGAGGACGAGAGCACAGGCGAGACCGUUCUCAAUUCAGGAUGGUGCAUCGGCACGUGCGAGAGAACCUCAGAGAAGGGCGACUUUCCGGCCGAGACGGUUUAUGUUCUGCCUUCGCUGACAAAACCACCCAACGAUAUAUUGUCCCUGUUCAGCAUCGAAGGAACGGAGAACGGCCGCAAGCUGUAUCCGCAACAGGUGAACGGAAUAGAACCACGCGAUAAACCUCACACGCUUUCAGAAUACGCGAUCGACCACUUCCGAACACCGCCAAAGAGAACCAUGUCGAAAGCGUUAACUCUGACGACGGCGCGACGCGGUCACACCGACGAAUUGUGGCAUCAUUCUAGAGAUCCAAUAAAGCAACCUCUCCUGAAGAAAUUAAUAUCCAAAGAGGAGCUAGCCGAAGAAGCGUGUUUCGCUUUCAAUGCCAUCUUGAAGUACAUGGGAGACUUGCCGACGAAAAGACCGCGAGUCGGCAACGAGUACACCGAUCUAAUUUUCGACGGACCUCUGAAGAAUGAAAUUUUAAGGGAUGAAAUUUAUUGUCAAAUCAUGAAACAACUCACUGACAAUAGGAACAGAUUGAGCGAAGAGCGAGGCUGGGAACUGAUGUGGCUCGCCACCGGGCUCUUCACCUGCAGCCAAAGUCUUUUAAAGGAAUUAACUCUGUUUUUGCGCACGAGGCGGCAUCCCAUAUCUCAGGACUCUUUACAAAGACUGCAAAAAACUUUACGUAACGGUCAGCGGAAGUAUCCGCCGCACCAAGUCGAAGUGGAAGCUAUACAGCACAAAACAACGCAAAUAUUUCACAAAGUUUAUUUCCCAGACGAUACGGACGAAGCGUUCGAAGUGGACUCAUCGACGAGAGCCAAAGACUUCUGUCAAAACAUCGCGCAAAGACUCAACCUGCGGUCCGCGGAAGGAUUCAGCCUGUUUGUAAAGAUUGCCGAUAAAGUCAUCUCAGUCCCGGAAGGCGACUUCUUCUUCGACUUUGUACGACAUUUGACGGAUUGGAUCAGGAAAGCUCGUCCCUCGCGCGACGGUGUCUCGCCCCAAUUUACGUACCAAGUCUUUUUUAUGAAAAAGUUGUGGACCAACACUGUGCCUGGCAAAGACAGAAACGCCGAUCUCAUUUUCCAUUUCCAUCAGGAGCUUCCUAAAUUGCUAAGGGGUUAUCAUAAAUGUACUAAAGAAGAAGCAUCGAGAUUGGCAGCGUUGGUGUACAGGGUUCGGUUUGGCGAGAGCAAGCAAGAACUCCAAACGAUUCCGCAAAUGUUAAGGGAACUCAUACCAGGUGAUCUAGUUAAGGUACAGAGCGCCAACGAUUGGAAAAGAUCGAUAAUAGCGGCAUACAAUCAGGAUGCUGGAAUGAGCCCGGAAGACGCGAAGAUAACAUUCUUGAAGAUCGUUUAUCGGUGGCCAACGUUCGGUUCGGCGUUUUUCGAAGUCAAACAAAGCACAGAACCAAAUUAUCCGGAACUGUUAUUAAUCGCAAUUAAUAAGCACGGUGUAAGCCUUAUACAUCCGCAAACAAAGGAUAUACUAGUGACGCAUCCUUUUACCAGAAUCUCAAAUUGGUCUUCGGGCAAUACCUAUUUUCACAUGACAAUCGGGAAUUUAGUGCGAGGCUCAAAAUUAUUGUGCGAAACCUCCCUCGGAUACAAAAUGGACGACCUUCUAACGUCGUAUAUUUCGUUAAUGCUUACUAAUAUGAAUAAACAACGCACGAUACGGAUAAAGUAAACGCGAUAUUCGCGUACGUUUCGCGAUUCGUCUUUGCAAACCAUCACGCGCAGAAAUAGUUCUCCGAAACUCAAGACCUUGAAAUAACACCGCAAUAAUUAAUUUUAUAUAGCAAGAAACAUUUGAUAUAUAAACGCUCGCGUUAUAAAUCUUUUAAUUUAUAUACAUAUACAUAUAUACAUAUGUAUGUGUAUACGGUACUAACUAGAGAACGCAACCGUCGUGUGACCAUUUUACAUACUCAUCCGUUAAUUUAUAAUUUAAUUGUUACUGUAAUCAAGAAGAUAAGGGGAAUCGUGAUUCAUGUGUACACAAAUAAUUAGCUGAAAAAAUUGUAUAUGAUUUAUUUACAAAUAAGAUUUUCAUAUAGUUUUGUAAAAUAUUAUUUUAAUAUAUAGGAGAUAUAAUUAAAGAAUUUCACGCUCAAACGUAUUCUGUCGCUUCGAGAUAAAGACAAAUUUGUGUGCAACUAAAACUAUUCGAUCGAAAGAAUCCCAAGUCAACGAACAUUCUUCCGAACUUGAGCACUGAGAAAUUACGUGCGAACGUACACUCGAAAUUGUCUUUCCGAUAUAACGAGUUUACAAUUAUUAUUCAUUGAAUAUCCGUCCAAUGAUACAUGUAAGGAUGUAAUUAUUAUUAAUUCGCAAUUUAUUACUGUGAAUAAAGAUAAUCGUGUUCUUCAGGUA